AUGGCCAAGGACAGCAGCAGCAGCAGCCGCUCUCCUGGCACCAAGUUCGACUUGCAAGAGUACGACCUCGUCGAGCGCCAGCCCAGCGCCUACCACAUCGAUGAGCCCGACGGCAGUCUUGCCAAUGGCCAUCCCAAAGAGUAUCGCACCUACAAGAGGCGCUGGUUCGGCCUCGUCCAGCUGUCUCUCAUGAACAUUGUCGUGUCCUGGGAUUGGCUCACGUACGCCCCCGUGGCCGACGCCUCGGCAGAGUACUACGGCGUCAGCCUGGAAGCCAUCAACUGGCUCAGCAUCGCCUUCUUCCUCGCCUUUGUCGUCGUCUUCCCCUUCGCCAUCGCCAUCAUCCACCGCGGGCCCAAGCCCGCCUUUCUCGUCGCCGCCUUUCUCAUGCUCAUCGGCAACUGGAUUCGCUAUGCCGGCUCCACCAACCCCAACGGCGGCCACAUCGCCCAUGCCAUGGCGGGCGAGAUCCUCAUCGGCUUCUCCCAGCCCUUCAUCCUCGCCGCCCCCACGCGCUACUCGGACCUUUGGUUCACCGACCGCGGCCGUGUCGCUGCCACGGCCGUCACUAGUCUGGCCAACCCCCUGGGCGGUGCCCUCGGUCAGCUCAUCAACCCUCUUCUGGUCAAGAAGGCCAGCGACAUUUCCAACCUGGUCCUUUAUGUCUCCAUCAUUUCCACCGUCUGCUGCGUCCCCGCAAUCUUCGUCCCAGCCAGUCCCCCCAUUCCCGCCGGUCCGUCAUCCCAAACCCCCAAGCUCAGCCUCGGCAAAUCCCUCCGUGUAGUCGCCGGCUCCCUCGAGAUCUGGCUCAUCCUCAUCCCCUUCUUCGUCUUCGUCGGCUUCUUCAACUCCCUCUCGUCUCUCCUGAACCAGUUCCUGGUGCCCUACGGCUUCACCCCCGACGAGGCCGGCAUUGCCGGCGCCAUCCUCAUCUUCGUCGGCCUCGUCUUCGCCGCCAUCAGCUCCCCCAUCCUCGACCGUACCAAGGCUUUCCUGCCCGCUCAAAAGUCCAUGAUCCCCAUCAUCGCCGUCUGCUAUCUUGCCUUUAUCUGGAUGCCCGAGACCCGCACCGUCACCGGGCCUUACAUCGUCCUCGCCGUCCUCGGCGCCGCCAGCUUCGCAAACGUCCCCAUCGCCCUCGAGUUGCUCAUCGAGCUCAGCCACCCCCUCAGCCCGGAGGUCACAUCCACCAUUGCCUGGGCCGGCGGACAGCUCUUUGGCGCCAUCUUCGUCAUCAUCAGCACCCCCCUCACCGCCGGGCCCGACGGCGACCCGCCCAUGAACAUGAAGAAGAACCUCAUCUUCCAGGGUGCCCUGGCAAUGGUCGUUUGCCCGCUGCCGCUGUUCCUCGGCGCCUUUGGGCGCAAGGACAAGGUGCUGUUGAGGCGCAUCGAGAUGGGCGACCGGAGCGGGAAUACUCUCGCGGCAUAG